AUGUCUCAACAAGUUGUUAGUAAUAGCUCAUCACCAACUGCUUCUGCAGCAGAAUUGUCAAGUGGUUGUGCGUCAUGGUCAUCAGCAUCUUCUGCUGCUUGUACUACUUUAUCAGCAAUCGGAAGUGGUGCUGAGAAUUGUUAUCAAUAUUUGGUAGAUUUGAUUGAGAGUCAACUCAAGAAUUCCUCACCAUUGAAACUCUCCCUUAUCGGAUCAUCAUUAUCUUUGUUCUUAGUAACAUUGUAUUAUAGUAGAAAGUUAUCAACACCUACCAUGAUAUUCCGAUCUGUUCUUCAAUGCUUUGUAUGGAAAAACAAGUUGAUUGGAAUGACAGUCUGUACAGCAGAGGAAAAGAAAAAGAUUAAUGAAAGUUUAUUGUAUGUGGGAUCUUACAUUCGUCCUUCUCAUGUUAAUUUGGAUAUUGAGGCUCAAACCCUUUCAAGUCUUGUUGCCUUUUCAAGUGCCAAGAGUGGACAACACUUGUUGGAUAAGUAUGGAUUGAGAAAGGCUAUGCAACAUCAAAUUCUAUUCCCACCAAUUUCUAGUAGAAAUACUUUGAAAUUGGAGAGAAUUCCAUCUUUGAGAAAUUCAGUUUUGGCUAAAUUGAAAGAUUCACCUGAUAAGAAGAAAGUUUUGUUCUAUAUUCAUGGUGGAGGUGGUUUUGGUAAUUGUUGUGAUGGUCUUCAAGUUAGUUCAAUGGUUGAGUAUUUGAAUGGUAGAGAUGAUCAUUCAAUUCACACAAUCUUCUCUGUUGCCUAUCGUUUGAUGGGAUUGGAUGAGGAAGAAAGAAAGAAUAAGUCCAAAUUUGCUUCAAGCUUUGAGGAACAAUUACAAGAUUGUAUGGAUGCUUACAAGUGGCUUAUUGAAAAGUAUGAUCCAAAGGAUAUUGUUUUCAUGGGUGAUUCAUUUGGUGGAGCUGUUGUUGCAAAUUUAUUAGCCAAGAUUGGUGCUGAGCUCGGCAUUGAAAAGCAACCUUACAUGGCUGUCACAUUAUCAGGAUUCUUCGAUACUACUGUCAAGAGUUUUAGAGAACACUUUGAUAUUGAAAAUUCUGUCAUUGCAGCUCCAAAUAAUAUUGACAUCAUGGAAGAAUUAUAUCCAAAUAUUCCAGAUUCAUUGGUUCCAAUUCGUUUUGAUUCAUCUGUCAUUUCAACCUUCAAAGACACCAAGAUGCUUAUCGUCUACAGUAAUCAUGAAGAAGUAACUUUUGAAAAUAAGCAAUUUGCCUCUCUCUUACAAUCUCAACAUCCAAAUGUUACUGUCAUUGCUGAGGAUGGUCAUGUUCAUGGUUAUCCAUUAUUCCACAGCUAUUCACCUUGCAUUAAGAAAACAAUGGACAGAAUCAUCGACCUUGUCAGUCAAUAAUCAUCAUCAUUUAAUAGAGUAUUAUAUAAUCAAAAUUUCAAUAGGGUUUUUCUGAAGAAACAUAGGGAAUAUUACAAUCAGAAUAAAUAAUUAUUCACUUCCUC